AUGAGUAGUAGUUUAGCCAGAAAAAUUGACAAAAUUAUCAAUAAAGUAAAUAAAUUAAAUCCACAUCACAAAAAAGAUGAAUUGAAUGAGACACAUCAACAACAAAAACAAUAUGAUAAUAUUGAAUCGAGUGAAAAUCGAUCAAAAAAUUAUAAAAACAAAGAACAUGAAAUGUGUUAUGGAAACAAGGAUGAACUCAGAGAUUCACCAUUCAAAGGUAAUUUAAUAUAUUUUAUUUUAUUUUUAUGA